CCACCAAGUUGAACUAGCAAUAUGGCUCAAGGGCGAAGCUUCAAGCUUAACUCGGGAUACAACAUCCCUGCAAUCGGUCUCGGAACAUGGCUCUCAAAACCACAUGAGGUGGAAAAUGCUGUCGAAACGGCCCUACGCGUGGGAUAUCGUCAUAUCGAUGCUGCCGCGUAUUAUCUGAAUGAACACGAAGUGGGAAAUGGAUGGAAGAAGUCCGGCGUUCCCCGCGAUCAGAUCUUUAUUACCGGCAAGCUUUGGAACACCCAUCACCAUCCCGAGCAUGUUGAAGAAGCUGUCGACAAGUCCUUGAAGGAUCUGCAGACGGACUAUUUUGAUCUAUACCUAAUACAUUGGCCCGUGGCGUUCGAGUAUACCAACGAAACGCUUGCCCCGACCGACCCAGUGACGAAGCGAUUCCGGUUGGCAGACGUUCCCAUCGGCGACACAUGGGCAGCUCUCGAAAAGCUUGUCGCGGCAGGAAAGAUCAGGAGCAUCGGAGUGAGCAAUUGUACCAUCGAAAAGAUCGAGGAGCUCCUCAGGACUGCCAAGAUCCCACUGGCAGUGAAUCAAAUCGAAGCCCAUCCCUAUCUCCAACAACCUAAACUUGUUGCUUACCUGAAGGAGAAAAAUAUCCUUCCUGUCGCGUAUAGCCCGCUGGGUAACAAUAGCCAUAAGCUCCCACGAGUUAUCGAUGACCCUGCUGUGCAGGAACUCGCAGCCAAGCUGAACAAAGACCCGGCCGCACUGCUCAUCUCCUGGGCUGUCCAGCGCGGUACAGGAGUCCUCUCCAAAAGCGUCACGCCUUCGAGGAUUGCGAGCAAUUUUCAAGACUUCGUCAUCCCGGACGCCGAAUUCGAAGCCUUGAACAAUAUGGAUCGUAAUAAGCGUUAUAACUUUCCUUUCCGCUGGGGAGUAGAUAUUUUUGGUGAAGUCGGAGCUGAGGAAGCUGAGAGGCGCGCUGAAGAGCAUGCUGCUGCGCAGCGUUGAUAGUAGUGUUGGUGGGGAAAUAUCUCUUUUGGGCAAUAUAUAUAGUCUAGUAGUGGUGGUCUCAUACGCUAUAU